AGUAUCCUCCUCCUAUCCCCAACAAACCAAGUUCUGCUGCUCCACCGGGUGCAGACAUCAACCUCGUUUGCCUCGGCUCAUGUCUUUCCAGGCGGGAACCUCUCCUCGUUUCAUGACGGCGAGCUGCCUUCGGUGAACAGCCCUGCGAUGCACGAGGAUGGCCCGGCGUAUCGCUUGGCUGCGGUGCGUGAGACGUUUGAGGAGAGUGGGAUCUUGCUUGCAACUGUAAAGGAGUCUGCUCGGAAUCGGAAUCGUGAUCGGGGUGGGGGGGCGGGGGCAGGGCUGUUGCAUGUCUCUGAUGAGGUGAGGGAAGCGGGACGGAGGGAGGUGCAUAGUGGCCGGGUGAGGUUUACGGAGUGGUUGGAGAGUGUGGGGGGUGAGCCUGAUGUUGACAACCUUAUCCCCUUCACACGCUGGAUCACGCCCCUUGGCGUGCCCAAACGCUUCACCACCCAAAUGUAUCUCUACAUGCUGCCGCUUUCGGCCCAAACCACGCCAACUCCAUACGGCCUACUCCACCACGAGACCAUCAUCCCCACACCCACCCACGACGGCGGGCUGGAGCACACCGCCGCCACCUUUGAAGACGCUCACGUCUGGCUGGAGAGGGCGCGAAAAGGCGAAAUCAUUCUCUUCCCGCCGCAGUUCUACCUGCUGCACCUCGUCAGCGAGUUCCUCCGACCCUCACCCUCACCCCCACCGUCCUCCUUCCAUCACCAGACUGCCUCGGCGGCGGAGUACUACCAAUCUCAGCGCGACGCGCUGAUGGCGUUCCUUAACAAAACCCCAACCACCCCGCAACAGCAGGAGAUGCAUGGCAUGAAGAAAAGAAGGGAACACGAUAUCCCUUGGUCAGAAAAGGUCAUGAGCCCCACACUGCUGUUUGUCCGACAGAGCGACGGCAGGCUUGUGCUUGGCCUGGACAAGCCCGGGCCGGAGUUGAAGGAGUCCGGGAGGGGUGGGGAUUGGGACCGGGUGGUGCUGGUGAAGUUCUUGAAGGAGGGCCCGAGGAAUGUGGAAGUGAGGUGGAGGGAGGAGGUUUUGAGUGAGGAGAGGGAGGCGGAGAAGAAGAAAGGCCAGGAGGUCAAGCUGUAG